GUCUAAGCAACCAAUUUGUCCUUGCUCUUCAUUUUCUUCUUCCAUCCUAAGGAGAUGGAGUAUUCAAGGCUCUUUCGUGCGGAAAGAUUCAAACUUGGCCAAAUACAUAAUCGUGUAGCCUUAGAAACAACCCUGAAACUUGCUUGUUUCUCCUGGUUGGUAAUAUGCGUUCCCCGACCUUGUCGUGGACAGGAGGUCUUCGACGUGACCAAGUAUGGAGCAAUUUCCAACGGGAAAACUGAUAAUAGCAAGGCGUUUUCAGAUGCUUGGAGUGCUGCAUGUAAACACAGAGGAGCUGCAAGCUUCUUGAUCCCGAAGGGGUCUUUCCUUCUUGGCCAAAUCAUCUUUCAAGGCCCUUGCUCCAACAACACGUCUCCAAAGUUUGAGAUCAAGGGGAAAUUACUAGCCCCCGCAAGCCCCACAAGCAUAACUACGAUCGCUUGGUUGGAAUUCAGGGCUCUUAAUAAGCUCAUUAUCGAGGGUGGUGGCGUUGUUGAUGCCCAGGGCGCUACCUCUUGGAAUCUAACAAGGUGUACAGGGAGGAAUUGCCACAACUCUCCACUGUCAACACGAUUCAUUAAGAUCAGCAAUGCAACAAUCGCCAAUCUAACGCUUCUUAAUAGCAAGGGCUAUCACAUGGCCAUUCAGAGGAGCAAUUUUGUGACCGUGUUGAACCUCAAUAUAUCCGCACCUGGAGAUAGCCCGAACACUGACGGACUCCACAUAAGUGACUGCAAUAAUAUCAAUGUUACUCGCCUCGCCAUCGGCACUGGUGAUGACUGCAUCUCCAUUGGCCCAGGUAACAACAAUGUGUCAAUCUCUGGCGUAAAUUGUGGCCCUGGACACGGGAUCAGUGUUGGGGGUCUAGGAAAGUACAUGGAUGACAAGGACGUGAUUGGGGUAAAGGUUAAUAACUGCACAAUUUCAAACACACAGAACGGUAUCCGUAUCAAGACGUGGCCUGGUUCGCAACCUGGUCGAGCUUCGAACUUCAAAUUUGAAGAUAUCAUUGUGAACAAUGUCUCCCGUCCAAUCAUCAUAGAUCAGGAGUAUUGUCCCAAAAAAACAUGCUCAAAUAAGCCCUCCUUGUUCAAGGUAAAUAACGUGACGUUUAAUAGGAUAUCGGGGACAUCAAGUCGCCCCGUCGCGGUGAACCUGAAGUGCAGUUCCUCGGUUCCCUGCGAGAAUGUGAAGCUCCACGACGUAAACUUGGAGCACAUCAAUGGUGCUGCCUCCGAUAUCACCUCUAAAUGCUUUAAUGUCAAGGGACUCGUUGCCACAUCCAAGAAGCCUGAUAGCACGCUUUCAAAGUCACUUGCAAAAUGUUUUCAGACGCAUCAGGUUAAAAUUUUGCAGGUCCACAAGGAUGAAGUUUGAUUAGGGAUUUAAAAAAAAAAAAAUAGUAACUACGUGCUUUCUUCUUGCAAUUUGUAUGGAUAUUUGUAUAUAUUUCUGGGUUUCCAUCUUCAUGAUCGACGGAAGAUGGAUAGUUUUGUAUCACAAUUUUCUGGAAGAUUGUCGUAAGUUCUGUGAGGAUCUUUUUUUUUUUUUUAGAUCUGGGGAGAGGUUCAAGCUUCAUAAUUGCAGAGAAGUAUCAAAGUGCCUCAGAGUUUGCUUUGAGGUUGGUUAUUAUGUA